CUCCCUCACUCCGCCACCUGUCGCCGCCUGAUGCUAGGUGCACUCCUCCCAUCACCGCUGCCGCCUAUGUCGAUGUCGAUGUCGAUGCCUUCACUGCCUGGCCCUUAGCUGACCGAGUUAGAGGGAGCCCACAAACGCCACCACCUAGGUAGCCUCGCAAUCGACGCCUGCCCACGAAGCUGUCUGCUACCACCAGCGUUUCCAGACUGCGACUUCCACCUGACGACCGUCUGUCUCUCUUGAAAAUCCGGUAAUCCAACACGUACACCAUCUAUAACACAGGCCCCACCUGCACUCGACCGUCGAAACCCAACACGAGGGAGCUCAACAACCCCGCCAAGUCGGUGUCGCUGUGUCGACCGGCAAUAACCCCACCACACAACCGCGACUGCCAGCUCCGAGACCUGCGUGUUAGUGGUCUGUGUCGAGGACUCAUUCAACACCUCGGAGCAUCACAGAACUCAAUAUGGACGGCCUCAUUGCGGACUUCGUGAGCUUCACCCAGGCCAGUCCUGAGCGUGCAGCUCAGUAUCUGCAUCUUGCCGAUAACAACCUCGAGCAAGCUGUAGAACUCUUCUUCGAAAGCCCAAAUCUGGACCUGGGGACUACGGCUACAAGCCAGGAAUCAUCGAGCACAGCGCAACAGCCAGCAGCGACUACGACGAAUGCAUCUCGCCCAGAUCUCAUCAACCUCGACUCUGAUGACGACAUGAUGGACUUUGGUGCCGAUUCGGACAAUCCCACUCCCGCACCCGCAGCAUCGCACGCGGCCAAUACUGCGGCGUCGGGAUAUGAGAGCGACGAGGCCAUGGCCCGUCGGCUGCAAGAGGAGAUGUAUGGGGCAGGGGCUGCCACAGAAGAUAUCCGAGCACCUAUGGCUAGGACAACAGAGACCCUCGUUGGCCCUGGCGCAACUUGGACUCCUGCAGAUGAUGAUAUGGAUGCCAUGGUUGCGGAACAGAUGGCUGCUCGCCGACGCCCUGGACGACCUGGAAUCUUCAACCAGCGACCAAUCCAGCCCUCAGUCUGGGAUCACGAUAGCGGCGAUCCAACAGCACGCCGACGUGACCUAUCUCUAGCCACGGCUGGCGCUUCAGAUUCCUCAACAAAAUCGAGUCUGUUAGCUGAGAUGUACCGCCCACCUUUCGAGCUGAUGUGUCAACUGCCGUGGGACGAUGCACGAGACCAGGGCAAAGACAGCGAGAAGUGGCUUCUGGUGAACAUACAAGACCCGGCAAUCUUCGAUUGUCAAGUGCUCAAUCGGGAUAUCUGGAAGAACGAUCAGGUUAAAGACACGGUGAAGGAGAACUUUCUGUUCAUGCAAUAUGCGAAGGACGACCACCGUGGCAACAAGUACAUCCAGUACUACUUCCAUGCCCGGGAUAGCGGAGAUGCGUAUCCCCAUAUCGCGAUUGUAGAUCCUCGCACAGGCGAGCAGGUUAAGGUCUGGUCUGGGCCUCCAGUACCGAAACCUAUGGACUUCCUCAUGCAGCUUCAUGAGUUCCUCGACCGCUACAGUCUGAAAGCCAACGCUCGCAAUCCCGUGGCGAAUCGCAAGCCGGAGCGCAAGAAGAUGGACGUAGACCGGAUGACAGAAGAGGAGAUGUUAGAAAUGGCUUUGCAGAACAGCAUAGACAACGCCAAAGGCCCCAAGGACGAUGAUCCGGAUGCACUGACCAAGGAACCGGGAGGCAAGGGCAAGGGCAAGGCUGUAGAGGACGACGGAACGGAACCAGCAGGACCUAUUGCGUCAAAUUCUGUGUUCUCGCAGAUAUCUACGACUAAUCCGCAUACUGAACCUCAGACGGGUCCCACUAUUACUCGAAUUCAGUUCAGGGACUCUAACGGCAAGAGGCAGGUUCGCCGAUUCGACGUUUCUGAUCCUGUUCGGAGAUUAUAUGAGUGGCUCAAGGCAGCACCAUGGGAAGAAGACAAGGCAGGUGUAGAGUUCGAGCUUAUCUUCAUGGGCAAGAACCUCAUUGAAGGCUUGGACAAGACAAUUCAGGAAGCAGGGCUGAAGAACGGUAGCGUCAACGUGGAGUUUGUUGGUCAAUCUGAUGAGUAGAGAGCUGCGUUUGGCGAGCAUAUCCGCGGCGUUUCUGGUGUGGCAUAAAGAGCGUAAAGCUUUCAAGGACUCUCAACGGAGGUUAGCAAUGGGAUUCGUUGCUCUGAUGAAUGCAUGAUUGCGUGGACACGGGAGCGCGGUGCCCUUCGGGAUUAGGGAUUUGCAUCACUAGAUUGCUUGUCGAUUUGUAGGCUAUGCCACUAGCGAUAUCUUUGAUAUCCCGGCUUCAAACUAUUAUAUAUAUCCCUAAUACUCAAGUACCUAAGCAGACCAAUGUUGACUGUC